UCUGUCUCUGCAGAUCCUGGGAGCAAGGGGCAGCAGGAAUGGGCCGCUACUCGGGCCGCAGCAGCCGGCUCAUCCUCAUGUGCGUGCUCAGCCUCGCCAUUUUCAUCGUUGAGAUCUCGGUUGCCUACGUGGGCAAUUCUCUCUCCUUGGCCUCAGAUGCCUUUGCUGUCCUCUCCCACUUGAUCUCCAUGAUCAUCGGGCUGUUCGGCGUCAGGUUCAGCCGCGUCAGGUGGCACAAGGCCAGCACGUUCGGCUUCAGCCGGGCAGACGUCCUGGGGGCUUUCGGCAACUCCGUUUUUGCCGCCGCGCUCAUGUUCAGCAUCUUCGUGGAGGCUGUCAAGAGGUUUAUCAACCCUCAGAAGACUGAGAAAGCGCUGCUCGUCCUCAUUAUUGGGGUUUCAGGUCUCUUCUUCAAUGUGUUGAACUACGUUAUCUUCAUGGAGUGCUGCUAUUGUCAUGCACCCCCCGGAGACACCGAAACAGGUAAAUAACCUCAUGCAGCUGCUCUGCCCCUCGGCACUUCUGCUUGG